AUGUCUAGCAGUAGAGAUAAUACUGAAAGUCGAGAUGAAAUUCCACUACCUUUUAUGCGUCGACCGAUGCCAUUAUUAAACAUGCGUUUUAACACAGAUAACAAUGGCGAUUCUCCAAGAAAUACUCCCACUCUUAGAGAAAUUAAAUCAAUAGUCUCAAAAAUCACUAACAAUGUGGAUGUACAAACAGACACAUUAACUAGAUUUUCAAAUUUUUUGGCAAAUCCUGAUAUAUCUUUGAUUGAAGGAUGGAAUUACAAUUUAAUUAUUCGUAAACUUGCUACAAUAUUGACUAGAAGAACUCCGCCUCCCCAACUAUCAGACUUGUCAGCCUAUGGCACAGAAAUUGAUAUUGCGACUUUACAAGCAAUACUUGGAAUAGCAGAUCCUGAUAAUUCUCACAUAAAAAGAAUAACAAUAGCAUGUAAAUGUAUGUGCAAUUUGACAAUUCUCUUGGAUAAUAAUGCUGAACAAUAUAUCGGUAAUGCAGUGAGAGAAGUUGCCAUUCCAAAUUUAUGUCAAUUAAUCAAAGAGCCUUUAUCAAAUGAUUUGGAUUAUCUAAAUGAUAUCAUAGCGGCUUUAAUACAAUUUUCUAUACCAAAUAGAGUUGAUUGUAUUGAAUUGAUUUUACAAACAGAUAUCAUUCGACAUUUAAUGGAAAAUAUAUUUGAAUUUAUGUCUGACAAUGAUCGAGCAUUACCAAUUUGGCUAAUGGCACAUUGCUGA